ACGAAUUUAUAAAGAACAUGCCCAUCAAACCAAAUGCAGUUAUAUGGAGAACUUUGCUUGCAUCAUGUAGAGUACAUAAGCUCGUCGAAAUUGGGGAAGUAGCGCUGAAGCAUGCUCUCAGAUUGGAGCCAGCACAUAGUGGGGAUUAUAUACUAUUAUCUAAUCUAUAUGCAUCAGUAGGUAGAUCAAAUGAUGCUGCAAGACUGAGAGAUGAGAUGAAAAGACUUGGUAUCAAGAAGAGCCCAGGGUGCAGCUACAUUGAAUUGGACGGUAUCAUCAAUGAGUUUUUGGCGGAAGAUGACAAACACCCUGAGUCUAAGGAGAUAUACAACGCAAUAGAAAACACCAUGGCACAGAUCAAGCUGGCUGGCUAUGUACCUGACAAAGCACAGGCAAGGUUAGAAGCAGAGGAAGAUGACAGAGAAGCAUCUGUUUCUCAUCACAGUGAGAAGCUGGCCAUUGCUUUUGGCCUUAUUAGGACAUCUCCAGGGGCAACAAUCAGGGUAACUAAAAACCUCAGAAUAUGCACAGACUGCCACAAUGCAGCAAAAGUUAUUUCGAAGGUUUUCUGCCGAGAAAUUGUUGUUAGGGAUAGAAGCCGAUUUCACCACUUCAAAGAUGGGUCAUGUUCCUGUAACGAUUUCUGGUGAUCUACGAAUUGUUCAAUUGAGAUUCAGCAUUUAUGUUGUAUGAGCGUUAUGAUCUUUCAUAAUCAGAGGUUCUUGUCUACAGUCAUAACAAGAAAUUAUUGCUACAA